CUGGGAAGUGAAAGGUCUCGCAAAGUUCAGCGGCUGCUGCGGGCGCCGAGCCUCGGGCCAGCGGCAGAGGACUCACCCGGCCGGGCCGGCGAUGGUUCCCGGGCUCCCGCCGCCCCCGAGGUGCCCGGGCCCCUGUAAGCCGGUGCCCGAGGGUCACCCCGCCGCCCGGCGCGGCCCCGGACCGCGGUUCCCCGCCGCCGGCGCCCGCUGACCGAGCCUGGCGCCCCAGAAGGAGGAAGAAAUAAAGAACCCCGUUUCCUCCCGACGACUGUUGGCGCUCCGUCCCAAAGCCGAGAGGUCUGGGCUCCCUCCCGCAGUCGCCCGGCCCGGCUCCUCCGGGCUCCUCCCGGCCAUGGGGAGCUGCGCGCGGCUGCUGCUGUUCUGGGGCUGCUCCGCGGUGGCCGCAGGAUUGGCUGGAGUAGCUGGAGUGAGUUCCCGCUGUGACAAAGCCUGUAACCCUCGGAUGGGAAAUUUGGCUUUAGGGAGAAAACUCUGGGCAGACACCACCUGUGGUCAGAACGCCACCGAACUGUUCUGCUUCUACAGUGAGAACACUGAUCUGACAUGUAGGCAGCCCAAAUGUGACAAAUGUAAUGCUGCCCAUUCUCACCUGACUCACCUACCAUCUGCCAUGGCAGACUCAUCCUUCAGAUUUCCUCGCACAUGGUGGCAGUCUGCUGAGGAUGUUCACAGAGAAAAGAUCCAGUUAGACCUGGAAGCAGAAUUCUAUUUCACUCACCUAAUUAUGGUGUUCAAGUCUCCCAGGCCUGCAGCCAUGAUCCUGGAUCGGUCCCAGGACUUUGGGAAAACAUGGAAGCCCUAUAAGUACUUUGCAACUAACUGCUCAGCAACAUUUGGCCUGGAAGAUGAUGUGGUCAAGAAGGGAGCUAUUUGCACUUCUAGAUACUCCAAUCCUUUUCCAUGCACUGGAGGAGAGGUUAUUUUUAGAGCUUUGUCACCUCCAUAUGAUGCAGAGAACCCCUACAGUGCCAAAGUUCAGGAGCAGCUGAAGAUUACCAACCUUCGUGUGCAGCUCCUGAAACGACAGCCUUGUCCCUGUCAGGGAAACGAUCUGAAUGCUAAGCCGCAGCAUUUUACGCACUAUGCAGUCUAUGAUUUCAUUGUCAAGGGCAGCUGCUUCUGUAACGGCCACGCUGAUCAAUGUGUACCUGUUGAUGGCUUCAGACCUGCCAAGGCACCAGGAGCAUUUCACAUGGUCCAUGGAAAAUGUAUGUGUAAGCACAACACAGCAGGCACCCACUGCCAACACUGCGCACCAUUAUACAAUGACCACCCCUGGGAGGCAGCUGAUGGCAAAACUGGGGCUCCUAAAGAGUGCAGAACCUGCAAGUGCAACGGGCAUGCUGAUGCUUGCCAUUUUGACCUUAACGUCUGGGAGGCAUCAGGGAAUCGUAGUGGUGGCGUCUGCAAGGACUGUCAACACAACACGGAAGGUCAACACUGCCAGCGGUGCAAGCCAGGCUUCUACCGGGACCUCCGGAGACCUUUUUCUGCUCCAGAUGCCUGCAAGGUGUGUUCCUGCCAUCCAGUUGGAUCAGCUGUCCUUCCUUUCGGCUCAGUGAUCUUCUGUGACCCCAGUAAUGGUGACUGCCCUUGCAAGCCUGGGGUGGCAGGGCCACAUUGUGACAGGUGCAUGGUAGGAUACUGGGGCUUUGGAGACUAUGGUUGCAGACCCUGUGACUGUGCUGGAAACUGUGACCCUCUCACAGGAGAUUGCAUCAGCAGCAGUGCAGACAUAGACUGGUAUCAUGAAAUUCCUGACUUCCAUUCCAUGCACAAUAACAGUGAACCAACCUGGGAGUGGGAGGAUGAGCAAGGAUUUUCUGCACUUCGACAUUCAGGUAAAUGUGAAUGUAAAGAACAGGUGUUAGGAAACUCCAAGGCAUUCUGUGGAAUGAAAUAUUCUUAUGUGCUAAAAAUAAAGAUUUUAUCAGCUCAUGAUAAAGGCUCUCAUGCUGAGGUCAAUGUGAAGAUAAAAAAGGUCUUAAAAUCUACCAAACUGAAGAUUUUACGAGGAAAGCGAACAUUAUAUCCAGAAUCAUGGACUAACAGAGGCUGCACUUGUCCAAUCCUCAAUCCUGGUUUGGAGUACCUUGUAGCAGGACAUGAGGAUGUAAGAACAGGCAAACUAGUUGUCAAUAUGAAAAGUUUUGUCCAGCACUGGAAACCAUCUCUUGGAAGAAAAGUCAUGGAUAUUUUAAAAAGAAAGUGCAAGUAGCAAUAAAGGUGUAUAGCACAUAAUGGCUCUUCUCUAUGUGCAAAACACAAACUAAAUGGAAAGGAGACCUUGAAAAUGAAACUGGAUUUUUUUAAGUGCCAAAAUGUACAAAAACAUUUCAGGGCAUGGGCAUUGCUAACCUAUCUGUUCUGGGCCCAUGUUUAAGUACAGUUUUGUUCCAGAAAGAGGAAAGAAAAACCCUUUGCUGAUACCUGUUUUUUAUGGGACUGAUUCUGAAAUUCAUAACUAUGAAGAGUAUUUUUAAUAACAACCUGAUAUUUAGCAGUAAUUCAUCAAGGGCAAUCCAUCUAACAAGGAUCCCCCACCUUCAGAUAUGCUACUUACCACUGAUGUUACUUAAAGUAAUUAAUGAGAUUUUAAGAAAUCCCCAACCCUACUAUCAGCAAAGGUGUUUCUUAGAAAGAGCCUUCUUUUGCGUAUUGUAUAUGAACUUUGGUCUGUGGGGGUGUUAAAUGGAACCUUUCCACAUGUAUAUAGUAUUUCCUUGUAUAAAGCACUUUAUUACCUACCACUUGUUUGGAGACUGUUGUAGACAGAAAGUAAAGAAAGAGUGUGUAAGAAAACCUCCUAAAACAAGCACUGCCAUUACAUGUGGACAAAAGUGACUACAUAAAGCAAGUUGAACUAUUUAACUCUGAACACUUGGAGAAAAAUAUGUGAAGACACAACCUUAAAGGAAAACAUGUUUGCAUGAAGUCUUAGCUUCAGACUAGAGGUUAGAGUCCACUGAUAUUGGCCAUGAUGAAACUUCUUUAAAAACUAAAUAAGAAGAGACUUUAAAAUAAGAGAAAGGAAUCAUAAGUGUAGGAGUACACUUGGAUAAAGCAGAAAUACUUUACAUUUUUAAAAAGCUCACUUAUUUGUAAUGCACUUAUAUAUACUUCAAAAGUUAUUGUAGACACAGAAUUUAUUUUAUUUUUGUGUUUGGUAUUUAAAUCUGAACAUCAAAAUGGUUUUCUUCCCUGUCUUUAUUAACAGUAUAUGCUCAUCAUAUUUAGCCAUUUUUUAACACAAUGUGUGUGAUAGUUUACCAAAUUAUAGUUUUUCAUUAUUAUUCAUCUUACAUACCCAUGCAUACCCAUUCUACAUCCAGUUUCUGCUGUACUUGAAUAUACAAAACAUGAACCACAGUGCCAUAAGAUUAAUGUCACACAUAAAACAUGUAUUUCCCUGAGGUCCUGUGGACUUGCAAAAAAAAAAAAAAUAUAUAUAUAUAUAUAUAUGUUUUGUUAAUUUGUUUUUAUAUUUCUUAUAUGUAAUAAAGGAAUAUGAUCUGCUUUAUGUCUCA